UUUGAUUUAGUUGAACAACGCGAAUUGGAAAGCCAGCUCUAAUUCUAAUCCCACAGAAAAUAGCUUUGAAUAAUUUCUCAGAGACGUAACCGGGGAGAUUUCUCCUACUUCCUUCCCUCUUUCUUAUCCAGUAUUUCUCUUCACUUCCCCCUCUCUCUAGCCUUUUCUCUCUCCUAUCAUCUCCUACAGGUUUUCCGCCGGUUUUCAUCUUAAUUCGCUUCUGUAAAUUAUAUUUAUACGUUAUAAUUCAAAUCAUUGGUUUUAUCUGGUUUUUUGGUGAUAGUUUUUGGAUUAUUUUAUUUGUAAUUAUUAGGAAUAUUCUUGUUUAGAUAACUGAGUAUUGCUGGAAUUUGAAUUCGUGGGUAUCAAGAUAAGUAAAAAAAACUGAGACUUUUUCCCUUCAAUUUAUCUUCCCAACCAGUUUUUAGCUUUGUUGUUUUGAUAGCCAAAGUGAAAAAGAUAACUUGGGAGGUGCAACACGACGGGUAUUCAAAAGGAUUUUUUGUUUUUCUGGGCGUUUGUGGUUUUCGGGAGUAAUUGAAAUUUGGAAGCUUUCGCCGAGGUGAAGGAGAUGGCGACACUUAUGUCAUGAGAGAUAGUUUCCUUCUCCGUGGAGGGUGAGGUGGGGCUUUAAAGAAAAAUAAAAACCAUCUGGACUCAUGAUUGAGGGUGAUUUUGAGGAAUCGGUUAUCUUUGUAUUCUAGGAAGUUGCUAUUUUUCAUCUCUUUGGUUUUGGGGAUGAUGAAUGAUGAUCAGAAACCGCAGCAAGCAGGCGGUGUCCGGUCCGGUCGAACCAAUGGGUUUUUUCCCAGCUCGCUCCGGGCUAUCUCCAGCUACCUCAGGGUCGUUUCCUCCGGAGCUUCCAACGUUGCGCGGUCGGCAGCUUCAGUUGCGUCCUCGAUCGUGGACAGGGAUGAUGACGCCAAUUCUGAUCAGGUCAUCUGGGCUGGUUUUGAUAAGUUAGAGGGUGAGAGGGAAGUCACCCGUCAAGUUCUACUUCUAGGUUUUCAGUCUGGGUUCCAGGUUUGGGAUGUUGAAGAUUCACAUAAUGUGCAUGACCUGGUUUCCAGACAUGAUGGUCCUGUUUCUUUUAUGCAAAUGUUGCCAAAUCCUAUUGCAUCGAAGAGAUCAGCAGACAAGUUUGCAAACAGCCGCCCCCUGUUAGCUGUAUGUGCUGAUGGUUUCUUUGCUGGAGGAAGUAACAUUCAAGAUGGACUGACCACCCCUUACAAUGGGAUGACUUCCAAUUUCCAUGAGCAAUUAAAUGGAAAUUAUCUGCCAAUGACUGUUCAGUUUUAUUCCAUGAGGUCCCAAUCAUAUGUCCAUGCACUAAAAUUCAGAUCAGUUGUUUAUUCCGUAAGGUGCAGUUCCCGAAUAGUUGCUGUUUCACAAUCAACUCAGGUACACUGUUUUGAUGCUGCAACAUUAGAAAGGGAGUAUACUAUACUUACCAAUCCUGUAGUUACAAGUUCUCCUGGUUCUGGAGGUGCAGGCUACGGACCACUUGCUGUGGGUUCAAGAUGGCUGGCUUAUAGUGGAAGUCCAGUCACAAUAUCCAAUUCUGGGCAUGUCAACCCACAGGACCUGACAACUUCACCAAGCUUUCCUGGUUUUUCUUCAAAUGGGAGCUUGGUUGCACACUAUGCCAAAGAAUCAAGUAAGCAACUUGCUACUGGGAUUGUGUCCCUUGGAGAUAUGGGGUAUAAGAAACUUUCCAGAUACUACUCUGAGCUUCGGUCUGAUGGCAAUAGUUCAUCACGAUCUGUAAACUGUUGGAAGGGCAACGGAACCAUUAAUGGACAUUCAGCAGAUGCUGACAGCAUUGGAAUGGUCAUUGUAAGAGACAUUGUCAGUAAAAAUGUAGUUACUCAACUGCGAGCCCACAAAAGUCCCAUUUCAGCCUUAUGCUUUGAUCCCAGUGGAACCAUUUUGGUGACUGCUUCGGUUCAGGGGCAUAAUAUAAAUGUAUAUAAGAUAAUGCCUUGUCACUCAGGGGCCCCUGAUGCUGGCUCUUCUAGUGUUCAUCUCUACAGGUUGCAGCGUGGCUAUACCAAUGCAAUAAUACAAGAUAUUAGUUUCAGUGAUGACAGCAAUUGGAUUAUGAUAAGUUCCUCUAGGGGCACUAGCCAUCUAUUUGCUAUAAAUCCUCAGGGAGGAUCUGUGAAUAUUCAAGCCCUUGAUUGUAGUCUUCCAACACAAAAUAACGGAUCAGGUGGUAUUACAAGUCAAGGAGUCCUCUAUCCUCAUAGUUCAGCUGUGCAAAUGCAUGAAAAGCAGGGCCUGUGUGCAACUGGCCCACCAAUCACUCUUUCUGUUGUUAGCAGAAUUAGGAAUGGAACUAAUGGCUGGAGAGGCACUGUGAGCGGUGCUGCUGCAGCUGCCACAGGAAAGAUGAGUUCCCUUUCUGGGGCUAUAGCUUCAUCUUUCUGUAACUGCAAGGGCAGUGGCAUAUAUAUUGAUGGGAAGCAUUCCAAGGCAAAGUAUCACUUGUUGGUUUUUUCAACCUCUGGUUCUAUGAUGCAAUAUGCUCUACAGAUGUUAAAUGGUCGAGAUUCAGCAAUUGUUUCUGGGUUAAACCCUGCUUAUGAAUUAGCUCCGCAAGCUGAUGCAAGAUUAGUAGUGGAAGCUAUUCAGAAAUGGAAUAUAUGUCAGAGACUAAGUUUACGGGAGCGGGAAGAUAACAUUGACAUAUAUGGUGAUAAUGGAAUUCCUGAUGGCAAUAAAAUUUAUCCUGAAGAAUCGAAAGAGGACACUAUCAGUGGCCCAAAAUUCAAGAAUGAAGUUGUGAAAGCAAAUUCCUCUUUAGAGGAAGAUCGUCAUCUGUAUAUUUCCCAAGCUGAACUACGGAUGCACCAAACUCAGACUCCAUUGUGGGCCAAGUCUGAGAUAUAUUUUCAUUCCAUGGUGAAAGAAGCUACCAUAAUAGAUGAAGCAGCUGCUGCAGGAGGGGAAUUUGAGAUUGAAAGGAUUCCAACUCGCAUGAUUCAAGCUAGGUCAAAGCACUUAAUUCCUGUUUUUGACUUUGUUCAGACCCCAAAAGUCCAACAAACGAGGGCUUAUGGUCUGGAUGGCAGGGUAAAUGAACAAUUGUUACGUCAGAGUUCGGGUAUGUCUGAAAAUGGCAAGAUUUCAGACUGUACAACAAACUCUGCUGAUUUGGACAAUGGCAUUCAAGUACCUGGGUUGGAUGAUCAUCUUCUGCCAACAAAACCAAGAGGCUAUGUGAAUAAAAAUAACUCCCCCAAGCCAAAUACUCAGUUUGAGAUUGUAAAUAAUAGAAUAGAGCACUCAAGCGUGGAAGGCCAACUCAAGUUUGUAAAUAGUGACAAAGAAGGCCUGCUAGUGGGGAAUCACUUUGAACAUUAAAUAUUAAAAGCACUCAAAUGGUUUGAAAUUAUUCUUUCAUUUGGCCCGGGAAGCUCAAUUAACAAUGUUAAUAUAUAGUGGUUGGAGAGGUGAAGAUCCUGAACGAGUAGGUGCUUGACCAUUAUGCAAAAUUGUCGAUGCUACUCAGCUGGAUUUUAUCUGUUGGCCUUGUAAAUAACAGUUGCUCAUAUCAAUAAUUAGUUAAGAGUAAAUUGUAGGAUCAUAACUUCUCGUUUGCUUCUUUUUUCUCACCCAAAAAAAGAGAAAAUUCUCGUUUGCCGUUUAUUUUAACUAACUAGAUUAAAUUAAAUUGA